AUGGCGGCAGAGGACUCGACGCCCGCGUUCACUGCGUCUUCCCAGGAGGUGGGAAGAAAGAGUGGGCCCCUUGGUGCCACUGAGCGCUGGUGCAGCCGGUGUGGAAGGAAGACGUCGGUUGCCUCAGGUCACCACCAUGAUCUUCAGUGUGGACAUGCUUUUUGUGAACUGUGCUUGUUAGUAACUGAAGAAUAUGACACAAUUAAGUGUCCUGAUUGUGAGGUUGCUACAACUGUAAAUAUGAAUCAAGGACACUACCCAAUAGAAGAGUUUAUUAAAGAAGAUUCUUCACUGGAAGCAUUGCAACCAAAAAUGGUAAAGAAUUGUUCAUCCAACAUUAAAAAGACAACCGAUCUAGAACAUUUAACCGCCAUACCCAGGACUGUUUCAAGCCCAUCAGCUGGAAAGUUGGAGACAGAAGAAAUUGAUGAAGCAUUGAAGAUAGCUGGCAAUAAUUUUGAACAACUAAAUAUUGCUGUAAAAAUGCUUGAGCACAGACAGAAUCAAGCAAGAAAGGAAUCACACAGUCUAGCAGAUGCUGUGGAGAAACAGUUUGAUAAACUUCUUGCAUCUCUUCACUCCAGGAAAAAGAACUUGUGUGAAGAACUUGAGAGAUGUACUGAUGAUUAUUUGUCAGAAUUAACAAUGGUUAAAAGGUACAUUGAGGAGAAAAAAAAUAAUUUGGAUGCAGCUAUGAAGAUAGCAAAAGAACUAAAGUCAGCACCUUCACUGAGGACAUACUGUGACCUGACUCAGAUUAUCCGGACCUUGAAGUUAUCAUUUGAGAGUGAAUUGUCACAAGUUAGUUCUGUAAUACUAAGAAACCCUCCCAGGUUGAAUAUGAAUUGCAGUGAGAUUAUCUGCCUGUUCAACAAGAUGGGAAAGAUUGAAUUUGAGAACUCAACAAAAUGUUACCCUCCAGAAACUGAAGUUGGACUGAAUGUUCAGAAGAAAUGUAAUAAUAAAAAGGAACUUUCUUGUGAUACAUACUCAUCACUAGAAAAGAAAAGGGUUGGCAUGUCUGCUCUAACUGUUGAAGCAGCUGUACUUCCUUUGCAACCAGAGACCAGUGAUACACAUUUAGAAGGGAAAAGUAUGCAGCCACAGAAAGAGGUGGCUGUAGUGACAUCUUCUAAAACCAUUACUGUGCUUCCUCAAAUGGGAUCUAGCCCUGAUGUGAUAAUUGAAGAAAUUAUUGAGGAAAAUCUAGAAUGUUGUCCAGAACUAGUUUUUGUAAGCCAUGUUAUACAUCCUUGUCACUUCUACAUCCGUAAGUAUUCACAAAUAAAAGAUGCUACUGUAUUGGAGAAGAAGGUGAAGCAAAUUUGCAGUAACAGUCCACACCUUAAUCCUUCAGACAUUUUGGAGCUAGGUGCACGAAUAUUUGUCAACAGUAUCAAAAAUGGAAUGUGGUGUCGAGGAACUAUCACUGAAUUAAUUCCAAUGAGAACUAAAAGUACUAGAAAGUCUUGUAGUCCAACCAAAUUCUCAGUCUAUGAAAUUUCACUCAUACAGAUAUUCAUGGUAGAUUUUGGAAAUUCUGAAGUCUUGAUUAUCACAGGAAUUGGUGAUACCCCUGAGAGACCAGAACAUUUUGCCGAGCAGCAUAUUACACUAAAAAAUUUAUGUCUGGUUCUAAGGAAGUCUGAACCAUAUAGUGAAGAGCUAUUGAAAGACAUCCCACCAUUAUCAUACCCGUGCUCCUUGAAAGACAUUGUUCCACAUAAUUCAAGUGAAGGCUGGGAAAAGGAGGCUAAAGUAGAAUUUUUGAAAAUGGUAAAUAACAAAGCUGUCUUAAUGAAAGCUUUUAGAGAAGAAGAUGGUGUGCUUAUUGUAGAUCUACAGAAACCACCAGCAAAUAAAAUAAGCAGUGAUAUGCCCGUGUCUCUUAGAGAUGCAUUGGUUUUUAUGGAGCUAGCAAGAUUUAGGUCACAGUCACCAAGAAGUCACAGUGAAAAACAUGCAACUUUAUGCUAUCAUCCACCUAUUUUGCCUGAAGAAAUGACAGAUGUUUCAGUCACAGUUUGCCAUAUAAAUAGCCCUGCAGAUUUUUAUCUUCAGUUGACAGAGAACCUGGAUUUUUUAUCUCUUCUAAAGACAAUUGAGGAAUUCUAUAAAGGCGAAGAUGGGGAAAAUCUGGAAAUCCUCUGUCCUGUUCAAGAUCAAGCCUGUGUAGCUAAAUUUGAAGAUGGAAUUUGGUACCGAGCAAAAGUCACUGGAUUGCCUGGACAUCGGGAAGUUGAAGUUAGAUAUGUGGACUUUGGUAAUACUGCAAAAAUAACACUUAAGGAUAUGCGUAAAAUAAAAGAUGAGUUUCUGGACCCCCCAGAGAAGGCAAUUAAAUGUAAGCUGGCGUAUAUUGAACCAAGUAAAAGAACACACUGGUCCAAAAAGGCUAAAGAAAAAUUUGAAGAAAAGACUCAAGAUAAAUUUAUGACAUGUUCUGUUAUUAAGAUUCUGGAAAAUAAUCUGCUCUUAGUUGAGCUUUUCGAUUCCCGGGCUCCUGGAACAACUACUAGCAUUAAUGACCAACUCGUCAAGGAAGGCCUUGCCUCUUAUGAAGCAGGAUAUACCCUCAAAGAUAAUUCUAAAAAGCAUCUCGAAGUUUGGGAUCCUUCUCCUGAAGAAAUUAUUUCAAACGAAAUAAACAAUUUAAGUCCUAUGUCUAUACAGUCUCUACCAAAUGAGAAUUUCCAGUCAUUAUAUAACAAGGAACUGCCUGUAAAUAUAUGUAAUGUAAUAUCACCUGAGAAGAUACAUGUUCAAUGGUUACUAACAGAAAGCUUACUUAAUAGUUUGGAAGAAAAUAUGGCAGCUGCUUAUGAAAAUUCAGAAUGGAAAUCUAUUAAGUGGGAAAGUAAUAUGCACUGUGCUGUUAAGGUCCCAGAUGAAAAUCAGUGGCGAAGAGGCCAGAUUAUCAGAAUGAUUACAGACACAUUGGUGGAGGUCUUUCUAUAUGAUGUGGGUGUUGAACUAGUAGUGAGUGUUCACUAUUUAAGAGAACUUCAAGAAAAUCUAAAGGCAGUGGGAAGAUUAUCUUUGGAAUGCUCACUUGUUGAUAUAAGACCAGCUGGUGGGAGUGACAAGUGGACAGCAACAGCUUGUGACUGUCUUUCAUUGUACCUCACUGGAGCUAUAGCAACUAUAAUCUUACAGGAAAACAGCACAACAUGGCCAUUACCUGUGAAAAUCUUCUGCCGAGAUGAAAAAGGCAAACACGUUGAUGUUUCUAAAUAUUUGAUUAAAAAAGGUUUGGCUUUGAGAAAAAGAAGAAUUAGUAAAUCAGAUAAUAGCCAUUCAUCUGAGAAGUCUCUGGAAAUGCCUCUGGAACAAGAAGAGUCAAUAGUUUCUAAGUGUGUUAAAAUUAACUUUGAUACUGACAAAAAAGUCGCUGAUAAGAUUAUUGAACAGAAAGUACCUGAAUUGAAGGAGAAGACUUCAGAAACCAGAACUACUGGAUGCUAUAAACCACCAGCUGUUCCUAACACAAAGCUAUUUGAGGCAAUCGUGAGUUGUGUUGGUGAUGAUGGAACUAUAUUUGUAGUACCUAAAUUAUCAGAGUUUGAGCUUAUAAAAAUGAUGAAUGAAAUUCAAAGUAAUUUAAAGUGCCUUGGUCUUCUGGAGCCAUAUUUCUGGAAAAAGGGAGAACCUUGUGCAGUGAGAGGCUCUGAUACUAUGUGGUACCGAGGCAAAGUCAUGGAAGUUGUAGGAGGUACCGUCCAGGUACAAUAUUUAGAUCAUGGGUUCACUGAGAAGAUUCCACAGUGUCAUCUUUACCCUAUUUUACUAUAUCCUGAUACACCCCAGUUUUGUAUUCCUUGUCAGCUCCAUCAAACUGUACCAGUUGGGAAUGUCUGGCAGCCAGAUGCCGUAGAACUACUUCAGGAGCUGCUUUCAAAGAGAGAGGUGGACAUUCACACUAUGGACUUGCCUGAAAAUCCAUGGGGAAAGUUGUCUGUUCAUCUCUAUUUUGAUGGAAUGUCACUUUCUCAUUUUAUGGCACAUCAUAAAUAUUGUAUUUUUGAACAUUCUGAGGAGAUAUUUCAAGAAAAACCAACAGGUCACAAUAAAAAGUAUGAAGAUGAAAAGUGGAAAAUAAGAUUUGAGGACUUGCUUUUGCCUGAAAUGGAGGCUCCUGUUUUACCACCAUAUUUAUCUUCAUUCCUUCCUCCACCAAAAGAGCUGUACACAGUUCAAGUUAAGCACAUCAUCUCGCCUAACGAAGUUUAUAUUUGCCUUGACCCCGUAGAAAGCUGUAGUCAGUUUAACCAUCAUAGUGACACAGAUGACAGUGGAAUCAGCUGGGAGUCAGACUCAGAGAACCUGGAAGAAGCUCUGCAGAGGUUGAAUAAGUGUGUGGAAACGUUUCCGCCUCUGACGGAUUUUAGGGCAGAAAUGCCUUGCCUUGCAGAAUAUGUUGAUGGUUUAUGGUAUAGAGCAAAGAUUGUUUCCAUUAAAGAAUUUAAUCCUUUAUCUGUCCUGGUACUAUUUGUUGAUUAUGGAUCUACUGAGAAGCUGACAAUAAACAGACUGCGUCAAAUUCCUGUUCAGCUUAUGCAGUAUCCAGCCCAAGCCAUAAAGGUUCUCUUGGCAGGGUUUAAACCUCCCUUAGUUGACUCAGGAAAAGGAAGAAUACCAUACCGUCCCAAGUGGAGCAUGGAGGCACUGUGGGCUAUGAUAGACUGUCUUCAGGGAAAGCAACUUUAUGCUUCCUCUGUGGCUCAGGCGCCAGAACAAAUAGUGACACUAUAUGAAGAUGAACAGUACCCAGUUCAUAUGUCCUUAAUAGAAAUGGGGCUUGCAGACAAAGAUGAAUAA